UGCUCCAUGUCAGAUUCCAACACAACCGAAUUCACCAACCCUUCCACCUUCAUCCUGCUGGGCAUUCCUGGCCUAGAGGCAGCCCACAUUUGGCUCUCCAUACCCUUCUGCACCAUGUACACCACAGCCAUCUUGGGGAACUUCACCAUCCUGUUUAUCGUGAAGAUGGAGGCUAGCCUCCAUGUUCCAAUGUACUAUUUCCUCUGCAUGCUGGCUGUCACCGACCUGGUUCUGUCCAUGUGCACCCUGCCCAAAAUGCUGAGUAUCUUCUGGUUCAAUUCCAGGGAGAUCAAUUUCAGUGCUUGCCUCACUCAGAUGUACUUCAUUCACUGCUUCACAGUGAUGGAGUCUGGGAUCUUUGUGGCCAUGGCCUUGGAUCGCUAUGUGGCCAUCUGCCAUCCCCUGAGACAUUCCACCAUCCUGACAAACCCUUUGGUUGCCAAGAUUGGCCUGGCCGUGGUGCUGCGUGGAGGCAUGCUCGUACUGCCCUAUCCCUUCCUGGUGAGGCGCUGGCCAUAUUGCAGAACCAACAUCAUCCCCCACACGCACUGCGAGCAUAUCUAUGUGGUGACGCUGGCGUGUGCUGACAUCCGUGUCAAUAGUUAUUAUGGCCUGUUUGUGCUGUUCUGUGGGAAUGGUCUGGAUAUGUUUUUUAUUGCCAUGUCCUAUAUUCACAUACUCAGGGCCAUCUUCAGUCUCCCCACAAAGGAAGCCCGGAUCAAGACAUUUGGGACCUGUGUCUCCCACCUCUGUGCCAUCUUAGCCUUUUACAUCCCUGGUCUUUUCUCCUCCCUCACAUACCGGUUUGGCCAGAAUGUGGCCCUGCAUUUCCGUGUUCUCAUUGCCAAUGUGUACCUCCUGGUGCCCCCCAUGCUAAACCCCAUCAUCUACGGGGUAAGGACCAAACAGAUCUGGGGCAGGCUGCUCCUGCUCUUUACUCAUAAAGGGACCUGA